AUGCCCCCUCUGAGAUGUGCGAGUGGCAUCCAAGGCCUUCGCCGCACAACUUCAUUUCCUGCCGCGGCAGCUCCGUUUCAUUCUACUGCUCAUCUCACGAAAAGGACACGACCAAGGAUUCACCUGAGAAAACGCAGCACCCCUACACCAGGACCAUGGUGGAAGCCUUUUGAGCUCACAGAGGCGGUUUUGGACCUGGACAGCUACGAGAGCAAUUACACGCGACCGUAUGACAAGGCCGAAGAAGUGGCCCAGACUGCAAAAUGGAAGUCAGAUCCAAGGAAGGAUGCCAUGGGGAAGCGCAUCGACAAACUUGAGGCCGACUAUAAGGACGCCAAGAAGAAGCUCGAGAUCAUUCAAAGCAAGUCCUGGCAACCAUGGCGUGUCACGGAUCUCGAUAUCAUGGCUGCUGCUCUUCAGGGAGCCCCCAAACACUCAGGGCGCGAGACCCAAGACGUUGACAGUGUUCAACUCGAAGUUGUCGACAAAAAUGGCAUUCCCUUAUCCGUCUGUGAAGACGACGAGCGCCUUCUAGAGUGGCUCAUCCACCGAAAGCACAACGCCCGUCCAUGGCGACUGGGCGCUGAAGAGCUUUCACGACUUUUAGAGGAACCAAACAAUGCCAGAGAGUUUCAGCGUUUACUCUCGAGAUUCCUAACGUCUGGUCAAAGUCAUGAGACAAUCGCAAAUAACGCCACCGCUAUUGCAACGGUUAUAUCAGAUGCGCUUUGUCGUUUGGAGCGCCCCAUCGAAUUGCUGCCCAUCAUCAACAGCUUCAACGCUCGCUGCGAGUUGCACGGCUAUCCAAUGGGUCUCCCGCUUUGCCACGAGGGUCUGAGGCUUUGCGCUGGAGCCUUCAAGCUCUGGGGGUUGCAGAACUACAUCGAACACGCCUUCAGCCAUCGGUACGGUGUUGAGCCAGUCGUUAUCACUGAAGUAAUGCGCAUCCUCCAAAAGGAGGUACUAUUAAGAGAAUCACAAGAGAAAUCUGGCGUCGGCUCAGACCUGCAAAGCUUUGAAGGCCCCCGGUUGAAUCUCAGAACCUGGAAAUUCAAGAUCUUUCGCAUCUUGACUGGGGCUCCAAAGAAAGGAAAUCCCGACAAGACGAAACCGUGUUUCCGGAAAAUAGUCGAGAAGAAGCCCGACGAGCAGGAGCUGAACGAUGUCUACCAGGAACUAUUAGCAACAGUCAGACCUCUGCCACAAGACAUGGUCGACAUGGAUAGUCGAAGCGGACAGUGA